CCUGAUCCCGCUCGUUCACAAGUCCAUAAUAAUAUUAACAAGUUAAAACUCGUUGGUUAGAUUAGCGGCAGCACGCCUGGGAAUCACAUGAUCAGAUAGUUACGGUGUUAUCUAUCAACCUCGCCCGUCCGGCUUCGUCUUUCGUUUCUCUCCCUCACGCUUCGCAGAGCCGGCCAGUCAACCCCCGCACGAGGUUCAUCUCCGAAUGGUAUCUCGUGCGCAAAGCCUCCUCCAAGGGUAGACGUCUCUUCUGUCGUCAUUUUCUCUCCCGAUGAGAAAUCGAAGAUAGGAUCCGGACGUAAUUCCUGGAAAACGGCUUUCCAAGGCUCCCAUGCAACGUGCGUGAUCGAUCAGCGUCAAAUCAAGUCGGCGAAAAGCCCGUCCACUCUUUUCACACAACAUAUAUAUGAGUUAGGGAUUCUUCCGCCCCUCGUUCGGUCUUUUGGUUUUGUGCUCGUCGAAUCCCGUCUUGUCAAUCCUUCUGUGGCUCUGAACGCGAUGUUCAAACGCUCCUUUUCAUCAAAGGAUCGAGUGGGCAAGUCGGCCAGGCCCAUCAAAAAGACGUAUCGCGACCAAACAAAGGCCAGAGUGCAGGAGAAAUUGGACAGCCCGCCAGCGGGGAGCAACCUCACCAGCCCUAUCGUGACAUUGGUCGUAGGUCGAGAUCAGCGGCUUUUUGCUGCACAUGAGGAUGUCCUGUCGCUCUCUCCUUUCUUUUCGGCUGCUUUGAAGGAUCAAAUUCUUGAUGGCAGCUCGAAACAGAUUGAUCUGCCUGACGAAGAACCCGAAAUUCUAUCCUGCGUUCUCGAAUACCUUUACAAGGGUGACUACUAUCCACGCUUGCUGCACAGUAAGCGCCGUAACUCUUGGUACCUCGAGGACGCUCAGGGGCCCCAUAAAACCGGUGGCCGAGGCUCAAGUGAAUCGGUCGUUUUCCAUUCCGGCGUGGGCAACUAUGUCCUUCGGGACACCGCCAUAUACUGUGCCGCUGAGAAGUAUGGCUUGGAUGAGUUGAAGAGCCUAGCUCUUAAAAAGCAGGGCCUCCAAACCGGAAUCCCAGUCGAUGUGAUACUUCGAUCGGCUCGGUAUGCGUACGACAAUACGCCAGAUACGGAGUCUCGUCUCCGAGCUCAUUUCCUAGCCCUGAUCAUUCGAAGUCGCAAGACUUUCAAGAGAAGUGGAACAAUGCAGAUGGAGAUGGAAACAGGUGGCAAACUGUUUUUCGAUCUGUUUGUAGCGAUGUGCAAUCACAUCGAUGACAUCGUGGAGAUCAGUCGCUCUCCCAAGGUCAUCUAAAGAAGAUGUAUUCUUCAGCAUUUGCUGCUCAAGCAAAUCGAAUCCAGCUCAGACGCUAUUAAACCAAAUUGUCUAAUUGGAAUACUUUUACAAAAUCUGAACCAGAAUGCGAAACAGUUUUCAACAGGAAAAGACUAGGAAAAGAGGCAGGUCCGGGCGGUGUCUUGCUUUUGAUAGCGAUAAUUACCCUCAAACAUCUGGCAUUCUAUUCCCAUUCUAAUUCCAGGUUGGUUUAGACAUUUUUACCAUGGCACCAGAUUGAACCUUAUCGAGCCCAUGGUGUUUGGCAAAGAAUGACGGUUUCUGCUCUACCUAUCCAGCGUUUCUAAUAUUGCAAAUUGCACACAUGCACCAAUACUUCCAAUCUCCCCUCCUUUUCUACUUCUAAAGGAAGAAGAGAAGCAGUCAGUCCGCGACUGUCCUUCGCAAACGAAUUUCCUUUGUUAGAACUUUGAAUAUCUCUUCGCUUCGAGCCUCCCCACAUGUACUGUUGGAUGUGAUCAGGGAUAAUUUUGGAAUAUGAGAAAGAUUCGGUCACCUCAAACUAUUUCCUGUAUUGUGUCGUGUUGGCAAAAGGCUCUCAUCCUUCCUAGGUUCGUUGUACUCUAGAACACGACCGCGCAACUUUAGGAGGCAUCUUGUGGAACCAUGACUUUUGUGAA